AUGCGGGCCCUCGUGCCGCUGGCCCUCCUCAUCGCCGUGUGCCUAGGCGCUGACACCCCAUUCUGGUGGUAUGAUCGGACAAAUACGUUGCCCACCCGCCAGACAAUGGUGCAUUUGUUCGAGUGGAAAUGGACGGAUGUGGCGAAGGAAUGCGAGGACUUCCUACAGUACUACGGAUACGGGGCUGUACAGAUCUCACCCCCGAUGGAGCACAUCACCAAUACGGGGGGCAACGAUAUGCCUUGGUGGGUGCGCUACCAGCCCGUCUCCUAUAAACUGCACUCUCGGAGCGGAACCGAGGCCGAACUGCGCGACAUGGUGCAACGCUGCAACAAAGUGGGCGUUAGGAUCAUCGUCGACGUCGUGAUGAACCAUAUGGUGGGCGUGGGGCAGAAGCAGGGUGCUGGGGGAGUUGGUUCCUCAGACAACAGUCCAUUCGACGGGACAGACGGCGUCGAGUCAUUCCCCGGGGUACCGUACUCCUCUUCGGAUUUCAACGAUCAGAGAUGUCAUCGCGAUAUUCAGGACAAUGACUACCAGCAGAGCGCUGAGAAUGUGAAAAACUGCCGCCUCGUCGGGUUGCUUGACCUCGAUCAGGGCAAUCCCGAGGUGCGCGCCAAGCUGUCCAACUACCUCAACACGCUGAUAGACAUGGGGGUCGCUGGGUUCAGAUGCGACGCUUCGAAACACAUGUGGCCCGGGGAUCUGAUGGCCGUCCUGAAUAUGACAAAGGAUCUACGCGCAGAUGUUUUCGGGUCUAACGUUCGUCCCUUUAUCGUGCACGAGGUGAUCGACCGAGGCGGCGAGGCUGUCAAAUGCGGCGAUUACACGAAUAUUGGCAGAUACACCAAUUUCAACUUUGGAGCGGCCGUGUCGAAUGCUGCGAAGGGAUACGCGAAUUGGCAAUCCCUUUCCCACCUGGGCCCCGGCUUUUCCUACGGUAACUACGAGGACCACGAUGUGCUGAAUUUCCUCGACAAUCAUGAUAAUCAGCGGGAUGAUAAUCCAUAUGUGGUAACCUACAAAAAUGGUGAUGCCUAUCGUCAAGCGGCCGCAUUUAUGUUGGCCUGGCCAUACGGGUACCCCCGAGUGAUGAGCAGCUUCGCCUUUAGCGAUCACAACCAGGGGCCACCACAUGAGGGAGCUGAUAAGGGAUUUGCGACCAAAUCACCGACGUUCAACCCGGAUUCGACAUGCGCCGAGGCUUCCGGUUGGGUUUGCGAGCAUCGAUGGCCAACCAUAAGGCAAAUGGCUCUCUUUAGAUCCGCUUCAUCGGGUCGCGCAGCGGCGGAGGUGGUUACGGAGAAUAACCGGAUAGCGUUUGCCCGCGAUUCCGCUGGGUUCUUUGCGCUGAAUGCGCAGAAGGGCGAUUGGACAAAAUCUUUCCAAACGACACUUCCCCCAGGAGAAUACUGUGAUCAAUAUAACGGAGCCCUCGACAAAAAUCAGUGCACGGCCGCCAAGAUUUCUGUGGGAUAUGACGGUAGUGCCGUGAUCACCGUGCCCGGUGGCCAAUCCAUUGCAAUCUCGCAGUCAUCGCGAAUCGAUGGACCCCACCCCACCCCGGCCGUACCUUCCGGUCUAACGAAGACGGUGAUAUUCUUGAAGCGAGAUACGAGCCCCGGAGAAGAUCUAUUCGUCAGAGGAGGCGCCAAUCAGGGCAAUAAUGGAAAAAUGAAUACCUGCUCCCCGGGCCCGUACCAACAAGCGAGCGACGCCUGCGCCAUCCCAAUAGUCCACAACACUACGGUACCUUUCUUCUUCACCGAGUAUUUGACGUGGCGCCAGUCGGACAGCUUCCUCGACUUCGAGGGUCCCGAGGAGAAGCAGGGUACCCACGACGGCAACGCGGCGUUCGGCACCCCGCUGGCCUACUCGACGAAUCAGAAGGGGGCCGUCGAAUAUCAGCCCUAUAACAAGUACGGUGCGGGCUAUUGGAUCGCCGAGCUGUUGAUGGACUGCUCGAAGCUGAACAAUGGAUGGUUUGAGUUGAAGGGCUACCUCUCGCCGAGCGUCGGCUGGGAGCAAAAUAUCAAUCAGGGCCAAUGCACCGGAACCGUCGGAGGAAAAGCGCCAUUUUCUUCAAUUAACCACGUUGCGAAAUGCGGUCUGGUGAAUGUGUUCGAGUGGGGCAAGGGUAGCUGUCUCAUCGACCUGAUACAA